ACAGCGCCCUCCGCGCGCGUGUUGACGAUGUGGUUUAACUUGGCGAUCGGCUUUAAUCACAGCAUUAAUUAUCUGCACGCCUUCUCUCUGGGGAAGGACAAUCGCUUACUACAGUGGGCUAUCUCAGCCCAUUAUGCCAGGCUUUUGAAAUGCUUCACUGUGUGCCAAUCUAUUUGCUCAUAGCCUAGAUAUGGCGUUAUAAAGGUGUACAUUACACAGUAGGUGUGGGCCGGGGGCAGGAGGGACACACAUGUUGAACAAAGACCUGCAUUCUUUUUUUUCAAGCACACGUCAUCCUUACACAGCAGUGAGGUGAGCUCCAGACAGGUGAGGUGUUAGGAGAACUCCCAUCUAUCUGGCAAUCGAGAUUUAGUUCAGUGAUUAUAGGUUUCCAAAUUAUCAAACCAUCCCAGUUGUUUUGAAUGGAGGACUUCCACAUCUGUCCAGUAACUAACUACUACAAAAGGAUCCUUCUACCAGUGUCCUACGGCCUUGUGUUUGUGCUGGGCCUCACUUUAAACGGUGCCCUGGUGUGGUGUGUGUGGGCUCGGACGCGCCGCUGGAGCAGCACGGUGAUCUACAUGGCCAACCUCGCGGUGGCGGAUCUUCUCUACGUGCUGGCCUUGCCCCCUCUCAUCAUCAGCAACGCCAUGGGAGACCUGUGGCCCUUCGGCAACAUCAUCUGCAAAACCGUCAGAUUUUUCUUUUUUGUCAACCUCCACUGCAGCAUGAUGUUUCUCACCUGCGUCAGCGUGCACCGUUUCAUCGGGGUGUGCUUCCCCAUCGCUGCUGUGCGCCUCAGGACCAAAAAACUCGCCCUCUUUGCGUCAGGCUCGGUUUGGGUCCUGGCCACUGCAGAGAUUUUACCGACGCUGGUCUUUGCGCACACAGGUGUGAUCAACAACAUGACAGUGUGCUUUGAAAUGACUAACCCGAAGCAGUUUAACGUUUACUUCCCCUACGGACUAUUUUUAGCCAUAGUGGGGUUUCUGAUCCCAUUCCUCGUCGUGGUCACCUGUUACUGCUCCAUGAUGAAGGUGCUGUAUUGCGGGGUCGCCGACAGCAUCUACAACGCCAGGACAGCUCGUGUGCGUAACAAGUCCCUGUACACCCUCUUAGUUGUGUGUCUCAUGUUUGUGGUGUGCUUUGUGCCUUAUCACAUUACUCGCACCGUCUACUUGUUUGUGAGGGUCUACAUACCCGGAGAAUGUCACCUGCUGAACGUGGUCAUGAUCUCAUAUAAAGUGUGGAAACCUGUUGUCAGUUUCAACUGCUGCGCAAAUCCUCUCCUCUACUUUUUGGGCUCUCAUCGGCACCGUCAGGAGCUCCGAACCUGGCUGUGUAGGAGGAGGAAGAGAGUGCAGCCCAGUGUGUGUCUGGUGGAUGCAGGCAACACAAACCGGUCCGGAGGGUAG